CACAAAAGUGCUGUUUUAAACAUGGAGUUGUGUGAUUGUCAUUAAGAAAAAGAAAACAAUACCAAACAAUAAUACACAACAAAUAAACAAUAUGGCUUCGACGAAAGAUCUAAACGUCGCGAGGAAAAGUCUCAUUGCGUCUCUCGGGGAAAAUUCGAAAAUAUAUUUUGAGAAGAUGAAAUUAUGGUUCCAGAUGAAGACAACGAAGGAGGAAUUUGAUGCAGAAGCCAGAGCAAUCAUAUCAAAAGAGCAUGUUCAUCUGCACAAUGAAUUUCUGCUCUGCCUGUUCAACAAAGUUCAGGGGCUCGCAGAAGCUUCUGCUCCGCGUCACGUAAAAGUUAACAAUACCCAUGUUGACAGGGACAAAUCAUUGAAAGAGAAAAAAAUCAGAAUGAAAAGAAAGUACAAAACGGAUAAAUCUAACUUUGAACCUGCUGACAUGUAUGUUGAAGUUUUGGGUCAAACAUCAUCACCCGUUGGCGAUGAACCCAUAGGUGCAAAUCGCUCCAGCGCACAAGAUCUGGUUUUGCCAGAUCGUACUUUUGUGCUUGCCAGAUUGAUGCUCGCUGCUUGGGAGAAUAACAUGGAUGGUGCAGAAGAAAAUACAGCUCACAUCAUCAUAGCUGCGAUGCAAGGCUUUCUUAAAAAUUUGUUGACAGCUAUUCUCACCAGACGCAAAGGUUACGCAGUGCGAGAUGGUAGCUUUAUUUACAAUAUAGGCGAACCUGUACCGAGUUCAUGGAAAAGGAAUACGAUGUAUAUACCAAGAGGUCCCGAGUAUUGCGCCCCCACUGAGGUGAUUGAUCCUACAGGUCAAGUGCCUUUAAUAAAGCAAAAUAUUGAAGAAGCUGAGCAGGCUACAGCUUUCGCGAUGGCAUGUGCAUCUCAAACAACCAUACCGACUAAAGCACCGGUAAACGUGAGCGAUUUACUUCAAACAUUGAAGGUUUACAAAAAUUUGGUGAGUAACCACACAAUCUACGCGACAAACAUGGAACGUUUGCACACGUAUGCAACCCAUCCUACCUGGGAAGAUUUAGACGCGAGAAAAUUAUUGUGUCAAAGCUCAGGAACUUGAAAAUCAGUGUGGAUACGGUCGUAAACAUAAUUGAACAUUUAA